ACCAAAGGAAAUGACCAUUGUGUUCCUAUCACUGCCACUGCAUAGAAAUGUGUGUAAUUUAUCUAAAGCGCACCAUUUCACAUCAAAACAUGCUAAAUGACUGUUUACAUUUCACUAGUUGGAUUAUGGAGAAAGUUUGCAAAAUCUGUGGAAUUUAGUGUCCCUUUAGUGUCCAGUCAUUUAUGACAGCGCAGAUACCUACACAGAUGUUUUGACUCACCCAAUGGAGGAGGAAACUGAUUUUCCCUCCACUUUACUCCCCUCCCUCAAAAUAAUCAAUGGGAAGAUCCAUUUAAAGCAAAGUCCCACCUGCUCUCUACUGGGAGCCAAUUAUUUGAAGUAAUGUAGGCCUGGACGUCACACCCACCUUUACUCAACACCAAUAGGAAUGCAGGCGUUGUAGUUGGCCUUCAGAGGAAAAAAUGGAAUUUAUGUACGCCUCACUAACCAGCUGCAAAUGUGUCCCCCACGGAGGUCGUGCUUUUGGGACUUUUUGUAGGUGGCUUUAGUAUGGGAAGUAGACAACAAUGGCUAACGAGGCUGAAGAAUGAGCUGAGCAAUAGUCCUCUGGUCUCCAACGUGGCCUUUGGCUUCAUCCUCAUGGGACUGGAGAAGCUGGUCGAGCUGGAGUUUGAGUGUCCUUGCAACCCGACGUGGAACGGACUGUUCUCCUCAGCCUUCUUCAUCAUCCCCGCCGUCAUGGCCUUCACGCUCAUGCUGAUCAUCCAGGGCUGCAGGUGCGAUACGUGGAGCCGCAAGAGCGUGUCCUUCUCCAGCGUGGUGCCCGCGGUCGUCUGGCUCAUUUUGGUCUUCCUCGACGGCCAGUACUUCGCCUGCGCGAUGACGGACUGGGAGGGCAGGUUCGUCAUCGUGGACAAAGCGGCUCCGCAGAAAUGGUGCGAGCCGGUGAAAGAAGAGGACGAAGAGGAAAGCCCGACGCCUCGGGAGCUGAUGCUCCGCUCCCAGCAGCUCUUCGUCGUGUCUCAGGUUAUCGGCAUAAUGCUGCUGAUUUUUAUCUGUGCUGGACUGGUAGUGUAUGUGAUUAGAGAGAGCUGCCGGAGGGACUUCCAAUCCCAGGAUGCCAAUGUAGCGGAAAUGACGUACACCCCCAGCUCGAGGGCGAGAACAUCAUGAGGGUGGGAAAAUGAGAUCCUCAUAUGCAUUUGUGCGGAAGCUCGGUCACAGUCGCGACCAAAGAAACCAGACUCUUUAUCCUGUUAAAUACCCUCCUUAUUUUAUAAUGAACAUCUAUUUUUCUAAUUGAUGACUUUUUGUUAGAUGUGGCCAGUGUUUUGUGGGGUAAGUUCAGCUAAAGGGGACACUUUUUGGCAAACAUUUACUUUUUAUAUUUCUCAUCUACACCAAAAAGUAUUUGGACACUUUAGCCAUUGGUAAAGGUUAAUGAAGACCUUUAGGUGACUUCUUAAAAUGAUAUUUUUUUUUUCAGAGAAAAAGUUUUAGCAUGUCUGACUGAAGAAUCCUGGAGAAGAACUCCAGUCAGAGACUGCAUUAUUUGGUGCUGUAAAGUACAGAGGUGAAACAAAGUCUGUGGCUGUUUCUCUAUUUUGUUGAGUAUGUGUUCAUUGAUGGGUUCACAAACGUGUACAAAGGCAUUGUCUAAGAAGUAAUGAUCUGAAACACCAGCCACCAUUUAAAAGAUUAUUUACUUGGUUUGACAUUUUGCUGUUAACUUAAUACAUUUGUAAGUAUGGCACAAAUGUCUAAAUACAUUUUGAUGCCACUGCAUGUUUCUGUAUUGAGAAAAAACUUGGUCCUUCUUGAACCUAUUGCAUGUGUUGCCUACAGUAACUUAUCAGCAACAGUCAUUUAGAUGUUUUUCCUCUGUACUUAAUAAAAUAACAGACAAACUAUUGAUUCAAUACACGCUCCCCUUUGAAUUAUGUGUUUGAGUCAGUGACUUUUCUGUUCUUUUACUAAGUAUAAGGAAAGGUAUUGUCUGUGUAACCGACCAUAUGCUACAGAUGCUCCAGAUACACUGACUGGGCUGAAAAAUGGCAGUGUUCCUCUAAAGCACCAUUGACAGAUUAUUAAUGGGAACUAAUAUUAUUUAACUGCAUCAUUUCAAGAAAUAAUUUGAGAACCUGCAUUUUUGGAGAAUAUUUGUUUCCAACUAACUGCUGCAUCUGCUUAAUGGGGGCUUGAUGCCUCUUGCUUAUGGGAUUUGCAGCCCAGGAUGCAAAUAAGCUUCAGUACACACUUAAAACUGAUGAU